AGUGAAAAUUUUGCGCAAAAAACGCGUUUCUUGCGUUUUUUUAAUGAGCGUUACUGACUCACAAUCGCGGUUCCCUUUUGAGCGUUUAAACGCGUUUUUCCAAAUGUUUGUCUGCUUGGGUACCUCAUAUGAUUCAACUUAUCAAGGCUUUCCGCAAAGCUUGCGGUUUUUCGAAUUUCUUGCAUUUCUUGUUUUAGUUUGUUGAAAUUGUGAGGUUAAUAGCCGAAAAGAUAUCAAAACUACGUAGAUCUGUAGCAAAGUUAUCAGUCUCACCAAAUGAGAUUUGGAGGAUUUAUGUACAUUAGACUUUUGAGAAAUUCCAGAGUUGAUUUUAAAUCGAUGGGCUUUAAUGCUCACAUGGAUAAUUUCGCUCCGUGUUAUCUCUGUUGGAUUUUUCGGAGAUAUUGAAUCGAUUGACUAUUUCACAAAUCCUUUUAAGAAAAGGUAUCAGUCUUCUGCGAAUCAAAGAAACUACUUCGGUACAAUAGCCGCCUAGAAUAAAUUGAACAAUAAUCUACAUGCACAGUUGUGUAGAACAAAAUAAGUUCUGUAUAUUCAAAUGUUUGUAAGAGAAUCAAAUUUUUGUCAGAAAACAGAGCGAUGAUGACACAAAAAUUAGUUUUGGUAAUUCAGAGUCUGACAUUUACAAAAAUUGAUAUAGUGUGAAACUAGACCUUCCACUCUAUCUUUUGGACGCUUUAUCAUCGAGACGAAAAAUUUUCUUUCUGUACUCAGUGGUUUCCAAACAGCAGACCUCAGUGUUGUCGGUUUCCGAUUUUUUCCAAACCUUCAGAUGAGGUGAACUUUUUACCAAACAUGCAUCUACUAACGACAUAUCGAUGCUGUUAGCCCAAAAUAACCCAAAUACUCCUGAGCUGAGUUAUAGGUUGUUAAGGAAAAUCGAGUUUUCUCUGUUUACUAACAUCAAAACUAAAAACCAAUAACAUAUUCGGAAUUAGAGCAAAAAACUGCAUCGAAUAGUAUACAACUUGUCCAUUCUAGGGCACAUACUUUUAAAUUCGAUUGGUUUCUGAGGCUGAAGCUUGCGUAACUCAAUAUUUUACCUGAAUUACGAAAUUCUAAUUAAGAAGAAGAUAAAAGCAUUUAAACACUUUUUAUAGGUUUUCGACGAUACUCUCUCCACUGGUCUGAUUUUUGAGUUUUGAAAAAAUUUUCUAAGUGGCUCUUUGGAGACCGGAUCACUGGGAAAGCGCCUAGAAAACUGUUCCAAAACUCAAAAACCAUUUCACUGGAAAGAGCAUCGUGAAAAACCUAUAAAAAAGUAUUUAGACACUUUUACACCGCUUCUUAAGCUCGUGUGCACGUGCUUAGCUAGAAUUGCCCACUGUGUUAUACUCGGAAAGUAAUACAAAAUUAAAAAAUCUUUAAUUUUCAAGAUCGUACAUAUUUAAAAAACCAGUCUUGCCCAGCCUUUUUCAAACGAAUUUGGGAAAAAUCUCGACCUUCUUUUAGUCAGGGAUGCACAAAACUGAAGAGAUUAAUUGACAAAAAAGGUGCGUUGUACGGGCCGCGUUCACUUGACCGACAAUCACUUUGCCGACAUGUGCAUUUUGAAAAAACAAUCAUAACCAACGAGAGAGAAAGGCUUAUUCAAGUUUCUAUGGAACCUAUUUCGCGCGAUCGAUCUUAUUUCAAAGCUGAACUGAUGCUUGGAUAUGUACCGCUAUGACGAUCGGUACGCGCUAUCUGUAAUAGGAAGUUAUACAUUCCGCCAGCUCAAACUGUGUAAGAACUUGACCGAUCAUAAAUUAUCUUAUUUGAGGAAUACGAACACGUAUAACAUAAAACACAACACAUGAUGUGUUUUCAGGUACAUCAAGAGACAACUUUCAACAAGACCGCGAUGAUCUAUAUUCAUCUCAAAGAAGAACUCAUUCGAGACGUACACCAUGUCGUCAUGGUGACAGUUGUUUUAACGCUGACUGUUCGUACAAACAUUCGCCAGGGUGGCAUGCAUGUACGAAUGGUGCGCAAUGCAACGACUUUGCUUGUUCGGCUAAUCAUCCACGAAAUCGUAAGAAGAAAUGUGUUCACGGCACUGUAUGUCGAAAACCUGAUUGUUCCUAUUUGCAUCCGAAUACGAACAAAUCCAAGUUUUCGUACGACAAUAAUGAUCAAAACUAUAGUAAUCAUGCUCAUAAUUUACCGUAUCGAUCAAAAACAUUCGCCGAUGAGAACUCACAAUAUAACAGACCAGAUUUAUAUUUUCAAUCGAACGAAAAUGAUUUUACCGAGGAAUCCUAUAAUAAUACAAACAGAGUCCAUUCUCAACAACAUCAUCGCUUCAAAUCAGUCGCAACCCGAAUGGCUGAACGGAAAAUGGCUCAACUACCAAUUUUUGCCUCACGCAUCAAAUUUUGCGAACGACUUCAACGAGAGAAAAUGCUUGUUGUUGUGGCCGAAACGGGUAGCGGUAAGAGCACUCAGUUACCACAAUAUGCAGCUGAAUGUUUUCCUGAGGGUCUUGUUGUGUGCACGCAACCACGAGCAAGUACUGCCGUAGCACUGGCUCAUCGAGUUGCCGACCAAUACGAUGGCACAUCAGAAGGUAAUUCAGUUGGCUAUCAAAUUAGCAAUGGUAACGCUGGAAAGAAUAAUUGUGUGAUUGGCACGAACAUCAUGUUCAUGACGGACGCAGCUCUCAUUUAUGAAUUUCAGACAGAUUCAGAAUUGAGCCAAAUACGUGUCUUGAUCAUUGAUGAAGUUCAUGAACGUUCAUUGAAUACAGAUAUUGUCAUGGGUAUGGCUAAACUAUUGUUAGCCAGACGAACAACCGAUUUUUUCGUUGUUGUUGCUUCGGCCACUAUCGAUCCAACACCAUUUUUGAGUUUCUUCGAUCGUUCAUCAAGUCCACCACUGGACGUAGCAGAUCACAUACAUCCAGUAGUCGUUGAAAAUCUACCACCGCCUAUCGACUGUCCAGAUUAUAAAUUUAUUGAACUACACGUUGUACCUACUUUACUUCGUCUGUAUCCAAAACAUGCAGGACAUACGCUUGUGUUUUUGUCUAGUCAACGUGAAAUCGAAAAAGCACUUCGACUUUUUAGUAGCAAUAUUCCAAAUGGAUGUGUUGCAUUGCCACUUUACGGAUCUUUAUCGCCUGAAGAACAGAACAAAAUACUCAAAUUUGAUGAUAAACGAUCAAAUCAACGAAUGGUCGUUUUUUGUACGAAUGUAGCCGAAACGUCGCUUACAAUAAAAAAUGUUCAGCUUGUCAUUGAUACCGGUCUCGUACGACAGCUUCGUUUUGAUAUACAACGUCAUUUGAACGUUCUGGAAACGGUACGUAUUUCACGUUUUUCGGCCACUAAACGCAGAGACACAGCGGGCCAUAUUAAACGAGGUCACUGCGUUCGUCUGUAUAACGAUGAUGAAUUGAAAACAGAAAAUAUUGAAGCUGAAAUUCUUCGUUCUUCACUCGAUCUAGUUCUUCUUCAACUGAAACGUUUACGUCUCGAUCCACAAACCUUUCCUUUCAUGACUAAACCUGAUUCGGUUUCAGUACGGAGUUCACUUGAUCUUCUCACAAACCUUAUGUGCCUCGACAAAGAGACAAAAAUAACAACGCGCGGUGAACUCUUUGCCGAAUUGUCACUUAAUCCUUGUUUGAGUGCAUUUAUGGUAAAUGCCUACACAGAUCAAAAAGAAGAUCAACGAUUACUCUCACUUGCGGCCACUAUUGUUUCCAUUUUGUCGGCAUCCGGUUCUCUCUUUUCUACAAGCGAUACCACUAAUGAUCCCAAUGACAAUAUUCGCAAUAGUGCAGCAUCCGGUGCCGACGACUAUAACAGCGAUUUGUUCGAUCUUUGCACCGUGUUCAAUGGAUGGAAGGUUGUAGGCACCAUUGAUCGGUCUACCAACAAAUGUAUCACUUGUCACAAAUCACCUCAAGACCAAUCAGAUAUUUGUCAGCCGUGUCGAACACAGCAUUCGUUCAUGAAUGGGCUCAACAAUCAAGUUCUUCAGUCUAUCGAAAGUUCGGUGUUGUUUUACGUAAAGACAAUUACUAAAUCUCGUUGGAAGUUAACACCAGGUGUUAAAACAAAUAAUAGGCAACCGAAUGAUGGAGACAUUAUUGGAGAGCAUCUUCGAAAACUUUAUCCUACUCAGCUCGCUCAUCUUCUCGUACCACACUUGCCAGACGAAGGUGUUCGUCUCAUUGAAAGUGAUCUACGCGCAAGCAUCGCCAACAGAAGCAUCUACGUUCAGCGUGCACACGAUCAUACGCAUCAGUAUUUCGUAGCUAUGUCCAUCACACGGUUACCUUCAGGAAGGUAUAUUGUCGAUCGUCUUCAUCAAGUUCCCGCACAUCAUCUUCCAGCUUCACCUGUACAACAACUACUCGUUCGAGAGAAUGUCGGAUGGUCAAUUAGCAACGAAGUCCGAACGCUAUUCAAAAGUGUUAGUUCAGAAGUAUGGGCAAAAUGGCUCGUUCAUGAGUACGAUCGACUAUCGUGUCGCUUGACAAUAUGGGGUUUGGCGAUAGAUCGAUCUCAUCUAGAAUCCGUUUUGCAACCAAUCUUAGCGAAUACUCAUUCUAAAACAGUCGAAUGUGGUCCGAUUCGAGCAACAUUUCAAAAUGGUCUGAUCUGUUCUGCUAUUGAGAUUAUAGAAAAUGCUCUUCGACUUAAUCUUCAACGAGUACCAUGUAAAAAAUAUGAAAAACUGCAAGUUUGGCUGGAAACAAAACUCAAUAUUAAGCGGCAUGAUAUCAGAGAAAAUAAUUUUCAAGAGCGUACAGCAAGUUCAAGCGAUGAUGAUGAUGAUGACGACGACUAUGAAGCACCGCCUUUUUACAUUGUACUAAAAUCAGUGGAAGCUUUUCAUAAAGCAGCAGCAAGUUUAUCACCACAUUACAUAUGUCCUCAAGAAGCUCUGUCAUCGUCAACUACGGGUACACACAUGAGUGAGAAAGAUGCAUCGGGUCGUCAAUUAGUGUUAACUGUCCCACAAGACAGUAGUUUCAUAACUGAUAAAGAAAUUUUGAAGCGUCUUACUCCGCAUGCAGUCGAUUGUCGACAGGUUGGCAAGAGAAAUCUAAAAGCUCAGCCGGGCAUUCAAUUGAUCAAUUUGCCAAGAGAUGCUAGUGAAUCAUUCAUGCGUCAAAUUUUGCAACCAAUCAAUCCGCUGAAAAUCAGUCUACGACAAACACACAAAGAUGGCACAGGUUCGUCAUCGGCGCACAUAUUUUUUGCUGACAAUCCGCAACGUCAACAAGCUAUCAUGAUACUUCAAUCAGAUUUUUGUCAGAAACCAAUCAAGAUCACUGUUCGAACGCGGACAAGUCGUCAACUCGUACAAAAGCAAGUCGUUCCAGCUCUCAGUGAAUUACAAGGAAAAGAUCCUGUUCCACAAACUUUUCUUAUCACGACUAACAAUCGUGAGUCGGCACUUCAGUUGUACAAAGAAAUCAUUUCGAAAAUGGAAUCAUCAUGGAAAAUUGAUAGUUCGGCAACAGUAACGGUAACUCAUCCUCAUUUGUAUCCCGAUUUUGAUAUACUUAUUCAACAAGUGGCCAAUCAAUUCGAAACUCAAGUUCAACAGCAAUCAAUCGAUCAAAAACAACAAAAAGGUCGAGGCACUAUUCGCUGUUUCUUCAAUCAUGGUACUCCACAGAAAACGGCUUUAGCAGCAGCUAUGCUUGCACAAGCUACGUCACCGAUUAUUAUUAAAAUGACGAAUGAUCGACAAAAACAAUUGUUUGAUGAACUUUUCUCAAAUAGUAUCAUUCAAGAGUGGUCAAAAAAGUUAAAUCUUGUAAUUACCAAGAAAGAAAAAUCGGGUACAUGGAUCACCAUUCGUGGCCCUCAAGUUCAACAAGGUCAGUUGAUGCGUCAAAUUGCCGAUUAUUCUGAUACGUUCGAUGAACGGUUUCGUGUUCUGGAACUGAAUUCGGCAACGGCUAACUUUUUCGGACGAAAAAAAUUAGCCGAUAGUCAACUUCAAACUCUUGCCGAUAGAUGGAUGAAUUGGGGAUGUAAUGUGACUUAUACUUCGAAGACAAAAUGCAUUAUCAUCUAUGCACAACCUAAAACACAAUUAUCGCUCAUUGAUUCAUGUGAAGCAGAGGUCAAACAAAUUUUGAGCAAGCUUUCAGCCGAUGGUAAUGUUACUCGAGAUAAACAGAUAUGUGUAUUUUGUGGCAAAAUGUCCUAUUCGACGAAUACAUUACGUUUAUGUGGUCAUGCCUAUUGUCGAUGUGCUGCUACUCAUCUAACGCAAACAUUUCCACUACAAUGCAAUGAAUCUAAAUGCAAGAUGAAUAUCGAAAUGCAGGAUUUAUUCGAAAUCUUUCAUGAACGAGAAGAACUCAUUCGUGUAUGCAAAAAAUCGCUUCAAAUUUAUUUGAAAAAUAACUCUAAUAUGCACGAUCAAACGUUUUGUCCUAAUCAAGUAUGUGAUGGUCUUAUUAAACGAAGUCUUGGCUAUCAAACAUGUCUCACAUGUGGACGAAGUGUUUGUCCCUCUUGCUGUCUAAUUGACGAUGACUUACAUCAAGGACGAACAUGUGCUGAACGAGAUAAGCAUCAAAGUAUGGGUGAUUUUCUUCCUACUUUAUUUAAGGUGGCCGAAAAAUUUGCACGAGACAGUUGGACACCACAGACACCACCCAUCAUUCGAAUCGAUUACAAUAUGGCCCUAGCCCAUCAUUGUGCAUCUCUGAAGCUCUUCUACAAAGGUGUUGAGUCUCUCGGUGAUCGUUUACCACCGGAUAUGGCACGAGGUUUCUUUGCAUUCCAUGGUACAGCCGCAACCUCUAUUAAAUCAAUUUGCGUCAAUGGUUUUGAUCCAAGUCGUCGUGCAGGACAAGCAUGUGGCAUAGGGGAAUAUUUUGGUGUGUCAGCAGCAAUCUCUCACGGUUAUUGUCGUCCGACGAACCCGCAAGGACCGUAUGCCAUGAUCAUUGCUUUUCUUCUCAACUGUCCUCAACUAAGUACUCGCCCGGGAUUUUGUCAUGUGAUGAACAAUCCACUUGGCUGGUCAUACGCUUUCAAUUUACCAGUUGUUGUUGUAUCUUACGGUACUCAAAAUAGUUGUGAAUCACCAUUGAGUAACUAG